AUGAGCGGUACCCCGUUCCGGUUUUCAGACGUCCACAACAAGUUCACCGUCAUAGGAUGCAAUACCCUCGCCUACAUCUUGGACAACGCCGUGAAGGGCUACCAGAGUGGGUGCGUCUCGACAUGCCAGGAUUUGUCAGACCUAGCGGAUGGAUCCUGCUCUGGCAUGGGCUGCUGCCAGACCGCCAUACCCAAGGGGAUGGGCUUCUACAACAUGCUGAUGAGUGAAAGAGCAGUCCAUGCCCUUCAGGAGGUGCUUGUCACAACACUGCAGGAGGGUACAGGAGUUACAGUCGGCUUUCUUGUUCUCGUAAUUUUCUCCUCCUUCGGAUACAUGAUUCUUCAAAAGAGAAAACUGAACCAGGUUAAGCAAGAACAUUUUCGACAACAUGGAGGCAUGAUUUUGCUUGAGAGGAUGAGAUCAGAAAAAGGUCUUGCUUUCACGGUAUUUAGUGAAGCUGAACUUGUAAAAGCUACAGACAACUACGAUAAGAGCAGAAUAAUUGGAAAGGGAGGUCAUGGGACGGUUUACAAAGGGAUAGUUAAGGGCAACAUGCAUGUUGCGAUUAAGCGAUGUGCGCUUAUUGAUGAAAGGCAAAAUAAGGAAUUUGGUCAAGAAAUGCUAAUACUCUCCCAAAUCAACCACAAGAACAUUGUCAAACUCGAGGGCUGUUGCCUUGAGGUGGAAGUUCCAAUGUUGGUCUAUGAGUUCAUCCCAAAUGGAACACUGUAUGAACUUAUCCAUGGCAAGAACCAAGCAUUACAGAUCCCCUUCAGCACCCUAUUAAGGAUUGCUCACGAAGCAGCAGAGGGACUCAAUUUCCUCCACUCGUAUGCAUGUCCUCCAAUCAUCCAUGGUGAUGUGAAGAGUGCCAACAUCCUUCUUGAUGGUAACUAUAUGGCGAAAGUGUCAGAUUUUGGAGCCUCCAUACUAGCACCAUCCGACAAAGAGCAAUAUCAUAUGUCACAAUGGUUCAAGAUCCUCACUGGCCAAGAGCCUCUGAAGUUGGAUGGGCCUGAGACGCAAAGAAGCCUAUCAUCAAGUUUCUUAUCCGCUAUGAAGGAGAACAAUCUUGAUGCGAUCUUGCCGAGUCACGUGAAGGGGCAAGAGAGCAAUGAAUUGAUCAGAGGGCUUGCAGAGCUAGCCAAGCAAUGCCUGGACAUGUGUGGCAGCAACAGACCGGUGUUAUGUACUUGCAAUAAUGAACAUGGGGAGUACAUCUCAUCAACGGAGCUUAAACUUGUCCCUCGUUCUCAGGUCCCGGCCCAAAUCUUAGAAAUUGCAUUAAACCGCCCAUGUGGCAUGCCAACUGUCCCGAGUUCUCAUCCAAGUAAAUGCCACAUGGUGCGACGUGGUGGGGUCAGCGACGGCCAUGUGUAA